CCCCCCCCCCACCGAGCUGUCCCCCCAGGGGGGCCGGCUGGACCCCGGCCAUGGACAACCGCCGCUUCAGACUCCACUUCCUGUGAAGUUUGAAGACAGACGGACGUGCGGCAAUGGUGACAUAAGCUGCUAAUUCGGCCGGAACGAGUUGCCGAGGAACUCUCCUUAUGCUGCUGCUGCGUAGAGCGGUCUGGUGUGAAUUUAAAGCAUGAGUUUUAUCAUGAAACUUCGUAGACACUUUCAAAGGAUAGUUAUCCUGCUCGCCACUUUUUGUAUGGUGAGCAUUGUAAUUUCAGCUUACUACUUGUACCAUGACUACAAACAGGAAAAUGAACUGUCUGAGACAUCUUCGGAGAUGGACUGUGGAGAGCUUCAGCUGCUGCUGUACAAAUCGACGGAGCUGAAGACAGUGAAGCCUUUUGAUCCAUUGAGGACGGACCCCGUGAUACUGGUGUUUGUGGAGAGUCAGUAUUCGUCCCUUGGUCAAGACAUCAUCAUGAUACUGGAAUCCAGCACUUUCCAGUAUCACAUAGAGAUUGUGUCCGGAAAAGGGGAUCUUCCAGCACUAAUAGACAAGAAUAAGGGCAGAUAUGUCCUCAUCAUAUAUGAGAAUAUUUUAAAGUAUGUGAACAUGGACUCCUGGAAUCGCAGCCUUCUCGAUAAAUACUGCGUUGAGUAUAGUGUGGGGAUCAUCGGAUUUCACAAGGCCGGUGAGAACAGCAUGCAGAGUUCCCAGCCAAAGGGCUUCCCGUUUCCCAUCCACGGCAACCUUGCAGUUAAAGACGGUUGUAUUAACCCCUAUUCCCCACUGCUCCGUGUGACUAAGUCUUCUAAACUCGACAAAGGACCUCUUCCCGGAAGCGACUGGACGGUUUUCCAGAUUAACCACUCUGCCUAUCAACCUGUGGUAUUUGCCAAAGUAAAGACGCCAGAAAAUCUGUCCCCUCCCAUCUCUAAAGGGGCUGUCCACGCCACCGUAGUCCAUGAUCUUGGACUUCACGAUAGGAUCCAGAGAGUCCUCUUUGGCAACAACUUGAACUUCUGGCUCCACAAGCUCAUCUUCAUUGAUGCCGUCUCCUUCCUGUCGGGGAAGAAGCUCACUCUGUCCCUGGACAGGUACAUCCUUGUGGACAUUGAUGACAUCUUUGUUGGGAAGGAAGGAACGAGGAUGAAUGCCAGGGAUGUUAAGGCCCUGCUUGAUACACAGAAUCUUCUGAGGGCACAGAUCACAAAUUUUACCUUCAACCUAGGAUUUUCAGGGAAAUUUUACCAUACAGGAACUGAGGAGGAAGAUGAAGGUGACGACCUCUUGCUGGGGUCUGUGGAUGAAUUCUGGUGGUUUCCUCAUAUGUGGAGUCACAUGCAGCCCCAUCUCUUCCAAAACGAGUCAUCCCUUGUGGAGCAGAUGAUUCUCAACAAAAAAUUUGCCCUGGAGCAUGGUAUCCCUACUGACAUGGGCUAUGCGGUGGCACCUCAUCACUCUGGAGUCUACCCGGUACACGUCCAGCUUUACGACGCCUGGAAGAAAGUCUGGAACAUUAGAAUUACCAGCACCGAGGAAUAUCCACAUCUGAAACCAGCACGACACAGGCGAGGCUUCAUCCACAAAAACAUCAUGGUCCUUCCACGACAAACCUGUGGACUCUUUACUCACACGAUUUUCUACAAAGAAUACCCAGGUGGCCCCAAAGAACUAGACAAGAGCAUCCAAGGAGGUGAACUUUUCUUUACCGUUAUCCUCAACCCAAUCAGCAUCUUCAUGACCCACCUGUCCAACUACGGGAAUGACCGGCUGGGCCUCUACACCUUCGUGAACCUGGCCAAUUUCGUGCAGAGCCGCACUAACCUGAGGCUGCAGACCCUUCCCCCCGUGCCCCUGGCUCACAAAUACUUUGAGCUCUUCCCAGAGCAGAAAGACCCUCUCUGGCAGAACCCUUGUGAUGACAAGCGCCACAGAGAUAUCUGGUCUAAAGAGAAAACCUGUGAUCGUUUACCAAAAUUCCUGGUAAUAGGACCCCAGAAAACUGGUACCACAGCUUUGUAUCUGUUCCUGGUUAUGCAUCCUUCCAUCAUUAGUAACUCCCCCAGCCCAAAAACCUUUGAGGAGGUACAGUUCUUUAAUAGAAAUAACUACCACAGGGGGAUUGAUUGGUACAUGGAGUUCUUCCCCACGCCCUCCAACGCCACCACAGACUUUCUGUUUGAGAAGAGCGCCAAUUACUUCCACUCGGAGGAAGCUCCGAAACGAGCGGCCUCUCUGAUCCCCAAGGCCAAGAUCAUCAGCAUUCUCAUCGACCCCUCCGACCGCGCUUACUCCUGGUAUCAGCACCAGCGAUCCCACGAAGACCCCGCCGCUUUGAAGUUCAGCUUCUACCAAGUGAUCACAGCAGGUUCCCGGGCACCGUCGGAGCUUCGGGCCUUGCAGAAGAGAUGCCUGGUCCCCGGCUGGUACGCUGCUCACAUAGAAAGAUGGCUAAACUACUUCCCCCCAUUUCAGUUGCUGAUUAUCGACGGGCAGCAGCUGAGAACUGACCCGGCUACUGUGAUGGAUGAAGUACAGAAAUUUCUUGGAGUCUCACCUCACUAUAAUUACUCUGAAGCUUUAACAUUUGAUUCCCAUAAAGGUUUCUGGUGUCAGUUACUGGAAGAAGGGAAAACGAAAUGCCUUGGAAAGAGCAAAGGAAGAAAGUAUCCGCCAAUGGAUUCUGAGUGCCGAGCGUUUCUGUCAAACUACUACAGGGACCACAACGUGGAAUUGUCCAAGUUGUUACACAGAUUGGGACAGCCUCUACCAUCGUGGCUGAGACAGGAGCUGCAGAAAGUGAGCUAGCGCUGCCAAGGAUCUUCUUGAGAAUAUUUCUUCCAUGCCUCAGUCGCCUGUCCCGGAAACCUCCAGUAGCUCUACGAAAAGGCUGUUGUAAAAUGUACCUCUGCAAAGAGAAGAACGCUGUUCUUCUUUCCAUAUGCUGGCAUGUGGAUGGUUUAAAAUAAAAAAAAAAAAAAGUAUGACUCUGUUACAACCUUUGAGGCCUGUGGCCUUUCUCUUAGCCCAGUUCUGGGCCCGUGGAAUUGUAGGCUCCUGUUCGCUCACGUGGAAGUCACUAGCAACUGAUGUAAGUCUCAAAAGCCAAACUGCAGAACUGUCUAAUUUCAGAGUAAGUAUUUACACUUUUCUAUAUUAACUAAGAGUAUUGUGUCUCAUGUAGAUUUUAUAGCCUAUUGUUUGCCUGCUCACUGUUGUUCUUCCUCUUCGACUCAUCUUACCAAACAAGCAGAAAAAGAAAUCCCCCAAUGUGAGCGUUAGAUGCCCAGAGCUCCGUCAUCUCUGAAUACGCUUAAGAGACUAGGAUUCCAACUGGGCAACGUGGGAAAAAUUAGGGAAUGUGAUAUCUGGGAAAUCUCAGAGUGGACAUAUCUGCUAUUUAUGUGGGCCAAAGAGAGAUGUGUUAGUGCUGUGGCAAAGGUAAUUGAUUUAUCCUCUACUUAGGCAGGCCUGUGCUUAAUGUACAGCCGUUGAAACGUGUCGAAAAAAGAAAAAAACGAUGCUGAAGUUAAUGGACAAAAACCAAAUAAUGGACAAAAACCAAAUGCACCGGGCAUAAGUGGAGCAGUAAUUAACAGUAAUGGCCUUCUAAGAGUGUUUAAUUCACCAGUCUGCAGCCUGUCCUGUGGUAACUUAAAUGGUUUAUGCAUCUGUAGGCCUAGAGUUGCUGUGAGAUGAAAAUUCACAGAUGGUCUACGUGUCUUGGCCCAUUUAAGGAAAGUGUAGUCUAGAAUAUCCCUGUUUAUAAAUUAACCCAAGAUUUUACCGGGCAUACGUGUCCUGUUCAAGAGUCCACGUAGUACUCGCUCAGGUCAAAGCUGGAUGCUCUCCUGGAGCUGUUUUUAAGCUAUAUUUUGUUGGAAAAUUAUAGAAUAAGUUUAAAGGUUGUUCUGACUGUACAAAUCAAGGUCAAUCAUGAAUGUUUUUCUAAAGAGAAAAUGUAGAUUGAAAUAUAUUCACACUAUGAAAUGUACAGUAUAUUGAUACUUUAAUUCAUAAAAGGAAAAAAAAA